UUCAUUUAGAAGCUGCCUGUAAGAUUCAAUUGAAAGCAUUGGCUGAAGAAAUGCAAGCAGUGAGUAUAUAUAGGUCCUGAUAAAUUGGAGCAAGAGCUAACUGCUUCAAAAACGUCCAUAUUAGUUUCAACCUAUCAGAGUUGCUGAAAGCCAGCUUUCCUUCUCACAGGCCAUCCUCCCUUGAGACAGGGUCUAACACUCUGCACUAUUCAGGCUGACAUUGUCAUGUUCAUACAAAGACAUAUUUGGAUUGUGCUAUCCUUAGAGAUGAAAUGGAAAUGUUGGCUGAUGUGCUUGCCUCAGGUUUGCUUUUGAGGUUGCUGAUCCAUAUCUUUAUCUGAUAAAUUUUUCCUUCGCCAGUGCUGGAUGAACGAACCUGAUGUUUCAAAUGAUUCUGUGCUGAAACACAAACCUCUUUGGGCCAUACUUUUGCAAGAUUUUCAUCUUAGAUGUUGGUAUGAAUUCAUUGGGUAUUGAGAAGUAAAAGUUGCUGAAACGAGGCAGGUCAGGAUGAAUUGAAAGCUCUCGAGAAGGCACUAAAGGAUAGAAGACCAUGAUUCCUGCUGGAACUGCAAGAGAGGUGGAAAUUAAGCUUUGAUAAUCAGGGGUACUCUGCUGCUGAGAUGGAUAGACUUAUCCCAAUUACCAUAUUUAUGGUCAAAUUUGAUAAGUCAGAAUGGACCCUAGAAAUAAGGAAGUCGAUCUUUGGGAAAUUUGUUCAGCUAAAUGAGGAAGAUUACCUAUCAACUACAUUAUCGAUAUGAUGGAGGUGGAGCAACUCAAGUUUGGCUGGGCUCUGGCAGGCAGGUCAGGCUGAAUUGAUAGCUCUUGAGAAGGUACUGGAGGGAUGCAAUUUCUGUUUAUAUGCAUCUGUUUAUCUGCAAUUAGGGCAUAUUUGGAUGGCGCUAUCCUAAGUGAAGAAAUUAGAUCUUCAUUCUGGCACUUGGUUGGGUGAGGGUGAUGAUUGAGUUGAUGAUGGCUGAUGCGGUUCCAUUAACCUUCACCCGGCAGUUGGGAAUUCUGCACUUGCUAUGAUAAUGACAAUGAUAUAAAAAAUG